AACAGUAACAGAUCAGAAUAAUUGAGAGAAAACAGUCGAGGAAACGUACCCACCUACUCAAAUCGAUUCAAGUCGAAAGAACUUAGAAAUCGAAGUAUAAGCUUUCAAAGUAAAGAACUUAGAAAGGGUGUCGGCUAAAGUAUGGCGUUGCUGGGAAUUUGAGGAAAGUCACAUCUCUCGGUAUAAUUUCAUUUCGUUGAGGUGCUCAAACCACAUAAAUUCUAUCUCAACAAAUCAACACAUCCAUGGCAUCUUCAUCAUCUUCUCCUUCUGCUCCAGCCUUUUCUUCUCAAUCAUGGAAGUACCAUGUUUUUCUUAGCUUUAGAGGAGAAGAUACUCACAAGACUUUUGUGGAUCAUCUCUACUCAGCUCUUCAACAACAAGGGAUCUAUACUUACAAGGACAAUGAAACACUUCCUCGGGGCGAAUCAAUUGGUCCAUCCCUUAUGAAAGCUAUAAAAGACUCUCAAAUUGCUGUCAUCAUAUUCUCAGAAAACUAUGCAGAUUCUUCAUGGUGCUUAGAUGAACUUGAAUGUAUUAUGAAAUGCAGAGAUACAAAAGGCCAAAUCGUUAUGCCCAUAUUUUAUGAUGUGGAUCCCUUUGAAGUGCGAAAACAGAAACGAAAGUAUGGAGAAGCUUUUGACAAACAUUGGUUGGAGAACAAAACCAAGGUUGAGUCUUGGAGAAAAGCACUUGUGGAUGCAAGUAACCUUUCUGGAUGGGAACCCAAGCACAUUGCCAACGGGCAUGAAUCAAGGGUUAUCAAAGAAAUUCUUGAUGCAAUUUCACAAAGGUUGCAGCUAGUAACUUCAAGUGCAAAUGAGAAUCUGAUUGGGAUUGGGACCCGCAUGCAAGGUUUGAAAUCAGAGUUACAAAUUGAGUCAGGUGGUGUGCGGAUGAUUGGAAUAUGGGGGGUUGGGGGUGGUGGUAAGACUACUCUUGCUUCUUCCAUAUAUGAUGAAAUCUCUAGCGAUUUUGAUGGUUGCUGCUUUGUAGAAAAUGUCCGCGAGGAAUCAAGUAAGAAUGGUUUGGAAAAAUUGCAAGAAGAAAUUCUUUCUGUUGUUUUGAAACAAAAGAAAGUGAAGGUACGUAGAGUUGAGGAAGGAAGACGUGUGAUAAUAUGUAAGUUACGCCAUAAAAAGGUCUUGAUUGUUCUUGAUGAUGUUGAUAACCUUGAUCAACUAAAAGCAUUAGCUGGAGCACAUGAUUGGUUUGGUGAAGGAAGUCGAAUAAUAAUCACAACUAGAGAUGAGCAUAUAUUAACUGCGCACAAAGUUAAUGUGAUACACAAUGUUAGUUUGUUAAACAAUGAUGAAGCUAUUAAGCUCUUUUGCAAGCAUGCACCCCGGGGUCAUCGAUGUAUAGAAGAUUAUGGGCUGCUUUCAGAAGAUGUGGUGUCUUAUGCUGGUGGGCUUCCAUUAGCACUUACAGUUCUCGGUUCUUUUCUUUGUGACAAAGACAUUCAUGAGUGGAGGAGUGCAUUAGCCAGACUAAAAGAGAUCCCGGAUACUGAUAUUGUAGAAAAGCUAAAAAUCAGCUUUGAUGGACUUAAACCAAUAGAGAAAGAGUUGUUCCUAGAUAUUGCAUGUUUUUUUAGGAGGGAGUUAAACGAGAAGACAAUGGAGAAACUUGAUGCUUGUGGUUUUCAUCCUGUUAUAGGUAUAAAGGUGUUGAUACAAAAAGCUCUUAUAACUAUUUCAGAUGGAGUAUUUGAUAUGCAUGAUUUGAUACAAGAAAUGGCACACUACAUUGUUAGAGGGGAACACCCUAACAAUCCUACCAAACAUAGUAGAAUUUGGAAGAAGGAAGAUGUUCUUAGAAUAUUUGAUAUGGAUGCAACAAUGAAACUUGACAAGAUUGAAGCAAUAAAAUUUUGGGAUGCUACGGAUGAGGAAUCACAACAUUUUGUCCAUGUGGCUGCAAACAUGAAAAAACUUCGGUUGAUUAGUUUGAGGACUGAAGAGAGCAUCGAGACUACACGUCCAUUGCCAGAAAAUUUUCCACCAAGGGAGUUGUGCUGUCUAAGAUUGCAAGGUCUUAAGCAAAAACAACUUUGGGAAGGCUAUAAGUAUCUGCCCAAUUUGAAAAACAUGGAACUUAUUGCUUUAGAGAAGCUAAUCGUGACUCCAGAUUUUGAUGGACUUCCGAAUCUUGAAAGAUUGACACUUACCGAAUGUUAUUGUUUAGAAGAGGUUCAUCCAUCCAUUGGACGCUUGGAAAGUCUUCUUGUGUUAUGUAUAAUAGAUGCUUCGUGCCUUAAGUUUUUUCCACACAUUACCCGAUUAAAAAAGCUCGAAACCCUUAUAUUUUUAGAUUGCUGCCAAAUUUUGAAGCCCUCGGAGUUCCAACAGCAGAACAAUAGUAGUAUACCACAUCUUCAAUUGGAUAAUGGUGGGAAAGAAGUUGAAUCAUAUAAAGAAUCUAUUACAAACUCUUUGGUUACUUGUUGGAGGUGUGGCUUGAGCAAUCUUCGUGGUGUUAAAUGUUGUUUAGAAGAGCCUUGUUUACCUCACAACAACAUAGACUUACGGUUUUCUUAUAGAGGCUUAAGUAAGUUGAAUCUCAGUGGUUGUGAUUUGGGAGAUGAAUACAUUGGCUCUUGUGUCUGGGAGUUACCCAACUUACAAGAACUCAGUCUAGCAGCAAAUAAUUUUUCAAGAUUGAAUUUUAGUCUCUUGAAACUUCCUUGCCUCAAAUGGCUAAACCUGGCAGCCUGCUUCAAUCUUGUGGAAUUGUUAGAUCUGCCAUCAAGUAUAGCUGUUGUUAUAGCGGAUGGUUGUAGCUCACUUGAAAGCUUUGGAGAUAUUUCAAAUUGUAAAUGGUUGUGGAAAGUCUCACUUCUGGGGGAGAACAAACUUUAUGGUGACAUAUUACUACACUACAUGCUCCAGGGAAAUGCUAUUGAGGAUCACUUUAUCAGUCUCACUCUUGAACAUCAGAUGAUUCCAAAGGGUGUAGUAGUUAGGGGGAAAACAUUUACACUGAAUCUUCCAGAUAAUUGGUACUAUGACUUUUGUGGGUUCUUAGUACACAUUGUUACCGACAUUGAAUGUCCGAAAGUUAUUAUAAUCAUCACAGAGGAGGUUGAUGAUGAAGAUUCUAGAUUUGAGGCUCUAAAGGAGUCUAAUGAAGCAAUUUAUCCUGAAUAUAUUAAUGGAACAACAACAUCCAUAGGAUAUGUUUCGUUUAAUUCAUUGAAGCACACCACAUGGUCAAAUUCAUCAUACAAUAUGAUUUCAUUUUCCUUAGAGGAAACGUAUCGGAAUCCGGAUGCAGUUGAGAGUUACAUUGGAGCUGCACUUAUUCCUAGAAAAGGUAAAGGAGAUGAGGUGCAAACAACAGAUUGCUCAGGAUUCUGGGACAAAGAACGUACUAUACAUGAAAAGACAUUUAGGAUCCAACAUGAUUCAAAGUCCCCUCUCAAGAUUAUAUGGCAUCCUUUCAACUGGUAUUGACAAACUCAUUAGAUCUCUGAGUCUGAACUAUAUGCCAACUUGUAGCUCACACCGAAAUUUUUUUUUAAUAUUUAUUGUGAUUAAGUGGAUCAGUGGCAACAUACAUGUAUUUAUAUGAAUUUGUUUUUGUGAUCCAAAAUCUACCAAUAUGAAAAUUAUGUAAAGAGUUGUACAUGAUCAUGCCUAAAAAUCUGGUUAGAUUAGGUGUCUAGUCAAACCAGUCUAACAAAAGCCCGGUCUAAUAUGUAGGACUGAUGGUCUCUCUGGACCCGUCUCACUUUUAUUUGGUUUAAUACAUUUGGUUGGCUUGGAGUU